AUGGAACCCGACACGGAUGCGGCGCAACGACUCAAAGAAGAGCAGGAGAUUCGUGAGCGUGAUUUGAAGCGACAGAAGGAAAAGGAGGAGCGGGAGCGCCGUGCAGCAGCAGAGCGUGAGGCAGAAGAAAACAGGCGGCGUGAGGCGGAGGAACGGAGAAUAGAGGAGGAAAAGAGGCGUAAACGGCAGGAGGAGGAGUGGCGCCGACUUGGGUCGGAUAUUAUUCAAGACCUUCCACCCAUUCCGCCCUCGGUAGUGAAUGAUGGCCUCGUAGAUAUGUGGUAUCUUGACGAUGUAACUUCAAAGCCGCAGUUGUGCCUGGCCAGUCUGAAGAAAGGUCGGAAGCGUGACGCACCAGUUCCGACAUUACAACAGUUGAAGGAACUUGGUAUAAUAUAUUUCAAUGUGAGCUUGAACGACUUCUCUGUUGUCAGGCAAAUUGUGAAGGAGCGCAACUACAAACAUACAGAUGAGGUAAAACUUUCGCAGACGUGUAAGGAUGAACAGUUUUUGGAACGGUGGUAUCAGGAACACUACAACGAGGAUGAGCAGAUACGCAUUGUGGUCGAUGGAUCUUGCUUCAUUGAUGUGCGUUCCAAGCAGGACAAAUGGAUUCGCAUUCACGCAAAGACGGGUGACUUGUUUGUCUUUCCCCCAGGGCUCUAUCAACGAGGAACGCUGGACGAAGAUGACUUUGUUGCUCUCUACCGAAUUUUCCGUGAUUCCACACGGUUCGCUCCCAUCUUUCGCAGUAAUCCCCGUGCUGAGUCGCAGAAAGUUCGGCUUAACUACUUGAUGUUACUCAAAAAGGGGAACGUUGGAAAGGAACUUGGCUUCAGGUAG